AUGUUGGCAGGACUGCUGCCGGAUGGAUCGUUUGGGAGUCAUCUGACCUCCAACCUGAUUGAUGGCCUCGAACCUACCUGGACCUUCAAGGCUUCCAUGGGUGACCCCUUUGAAGGUGCUGGUAUGAGCUUCUUCAAUCAAUUCCUGCCGUCAUACGGUUCUCCCCGACGAUGCACUUCGAGACAUCCCCCCCCAAAAGAAGCAAAUACGGAGCCUGGCGCUCUACUUUUCGCCCUGUCCAUAGUAGCACAGCUCCCUAGAAAGCCCGCUGAAGAAUCGUACUGUUGGUCCAUUGAAGAAUUUGAGGGAUCUGAUCAAUCUGAUCUGACCAUCCGGAAGUAG